UCUCUCUCUCUGGUUCUUUCUGAGGGCUUUGAAUUUUCAGGCGACCCAUCAUCGCCAUUGGCGAACGGAUCCGACGGUGGAAAUCGGUUCAGGUUUGAGCUGAGCUCGUUGCAAUAAACCUAACCCCGGAUUUGCCCCAAAUCCUAAUUGCAGACAACCCAGAAACCCAUUUUCUGUGCACCCUCAACAAAAGGCCAAACUUUGGUCUGAAUUAUCUUUUCACCCCAAAACUGAGAAAGCUCCUCACUUCAAUUCAAUCUUGAGCUUGAUAAUAAUUUUCAUCAUUGUCUUUAAAAUUACUCUUUCUAAACCUAUUUCACUUAGAUUUUCACAUUCAAUUAACAAUUCUUUUAAUCUCUAGCUAACUAGCCAUGGCUGACACCAAACCAGACCCAACAACCCAGCCAUUAAUGUAUGAAACCCAAAAAAACCGAACACCCCAACCAUCAAGAAAGAAUCGGAACCUGCCUGAUUUCCAACAAUCAGUGAAACUCAAGUAUGUAAAACUCGGUUACCAUUACCUCAUCACCCAUGCCAUGUACCUCUUUCUCUCUCCUCUACUUAUCAUAGUCAUCGCCCACCUCUCUUCUCUAACAAUUCAAGACUUCCAUGUCCUAUGGGAGCACCUUCGUUACAAUCUUGUCUCAGUAGUAGUGUGCUCAGCUCUUCUUGUUUUCCUUUCCACCCUCUACUUUCUUACUCGCCCAAGACCUGUUUAUCUUGUUGAUUUUGCAUGCUAUAAACCUGAGGAAUCACGUAAAUGCACACGCGAGAUCUUCAUGUCUCGCUCUCAACUCACCGGCUCUUUCACUGACCAAAGCCUCCAGUUUCAAAGAAAAAUUCUAGAGCGAUCGGGCCUUGGAGAAGACACCUAUCUCCCUCAAGCCGUGCUCAAUGUACCCCCAAACCCAUCUAUGGCUGAGGCUCGAAAAGAAGCUGAGGCUGUCAUGUUCGGUGCCGUUGAUCGCCUCUUUGAAAAAACUUCUUUGAAACCUAAGGAUAUUGGAAUCCUCAUUGUGAACUGUAGCCUCUUUAAUCCUACCCCUUCUCUUUCAGCUAUGAUAGUGAAUCGAUAUGGGCUUCGAGGAAACAUCGCGAGCUAUAAUUUGGGGGGAAUGGGGUGUAGUGCCGGUCUCAUAUCAAUUGAUCUUGCAAAAGACCUCUUACAAGUGAAACCCAAUUCGUACGCUCUAGUAGUGAGCACCGAGAACAUCACUUUGAAUUGGUAUUUUGGGAAUGAUCGAUCGAUGUUGGUCUCAAAUUGCCUAUUCAGAAUGGGAGCUGCAGCUGUUCUGCUCACAAAUAAAGGGCGUGAUAGACAUAGGUCUAAAUACCAGCUUGUGCACACAGUGCGCACCCACAAGGGCUCAGAUGGCAGGUGCUUCGGGUGCGUGACCCAACAAGAGGAUGAAACCGGUCGUAUUGGUGUCUCUCUAUCCAAGGAGCUCAUGGGUGUUGCAGGGGAGGCCCUAAAGGCUAAUAUCACAACUCUAGGCCCUCUUGUUCUUCCUCUUUCUGAGCAACUCUUGUUUUUGAGCACGUUGAUAGGGAAAAAGCUAUUUAGAAUGAAGUUGAGACCUUAUAUUCCUGACUUUAAGCUCGCAUUUGAGCAUUUUUGUAUUCAUGCGGGUGGGAGAGCAGUUUUGGAUGAGCUUGAGAAGAACUUGCAGUUAUCAGAGUGGCACAUGGAGCCUUCAAGAAUGACUUUAUAUCGGUUUGGGAACACAUCGAGUAGUUCGUUGUGGUAUGAGUUAGCAUACACUGAGGCCAAAGGGAGGAUUAGGAAGGGGGAUAGGACUUGGCAGAUUGCAUUUGGAUCAGGGUUUAAGUGCAAUAGUGCAGUUUGGAAGGCACUUAGAACUGUGAAUCCUGCGAAUGAGACAGUAAACAAUCCUUGGAUGGAUGAGAUUGAUCAAUUCCCUGUCAAGGUUCCCACAGUGGCUCCCAUUUCGAACUGAAUAUUCAUCAUGAACAGGACAUUGUUACAGGAAAUUAGGAACUGCGUCUUACAAUUGAUUCUUUUCUUUUAUAAGGUCCUUGUUGGAAUGGAAAAUUUUUAUGGUUAGGGAAUAAGAGCUACAAUGCAGAGUGUCUGGUAUUUAACCUUCCUCCCCAAAAAAACGAGAUGUUCAAGUUGGGGGCUCUUAUUGUUUUUCAUUUCUUUUUGUAUUCCUUUUAAUUUAGUUUUUAUUUUUCUGAGGCAGUUGAUGGGAAUGGAGGGAGAUCUGGUUUGUAUGAGUGAGCUGGAGGCAAGAGAUUUCUGAGACACAAAACCAGCCUGACCUGUCUUUCUUCUUCCCUAUUCAUUAUUGAUAUUGGGAAUGUAUUUGGGUGGAAUUGUAUUUGGUCUUUUUGAGAUUGUGACUUUGGGUUCUAAUGUAUUAUUUUAUGAUGGAAUUCUAUUGGUCAUUCAUUAUGUU